AUGUGUUCACCUGUCCAAAAGCAAGAGGGUCUUCGCAGCAAGGUACAGCGUGCCAAGGUGCUGGUUGUGGGCGCUGGAGGCAUUGGCUGUGAGCUGCUUAAGAACUUGGUACUGAGUGGCUUCGUGGACAUCCACCUCAUUGACUUGGACACGAUCGACGUGUCGAAUCUGAACCGCCAGUUCCUCUUUCGCUCGCACCACGUGGGCCAGUCCAAGGCACUCGUGGCCAAAGAGAUCGCCAUGCGCUUCAACCCGAGAGCUACUGUCGUUGCGCAUCAUGGCAACGUCAAGAGCAGCGAGUUCGGCGUCGAGUACUUUCGGCAAUUUACUUUGGUGUUCAACGCGCUGGACAAUGUGGACGCCCGGAAGCACGUGAACCGUCUGUGUUUGGCUACGGACAGGCCGCUUAUUGAGAGCGGCACGACGGGCUACUUGGGCCAGGUGUCGGUCAUCAAAAAGGGCGAGACGGAGUGCUACGAGUGCACGCCCAAGGUCUCGCAGAAGCAGUACCCAAUCUGCACGAUUCGUAGUACGCCGGAGAAGAUGGUGCACUGUAUCGUGUGGGCCAAGGAAUGCUACAAGCUGCUUUUUGGCAAGAUGGAGGAUUCCAUGCUGUGGGAAGAUCCGACGAACGACGACAAGUCGGCCUUCAUGGAUCUCGUCACGCGCGCGCCAGACAUGAAUGUCGAAGAUGCAGCGACGCUGCAAGCGUAUGCCUGCAAUGUCUUUCGCGGCCUCUUUGACUUUGAGAUCAAGAAGAGGCUCGAGAUGAGGACGUACAAGACUGCUGCCAAACGUCCAUGCCCACUAGUGCUGGAGGACAUUGUUGGUACAGAUAUCGUGCAGGCAAUCAACUUGAACGAGACGGCAGCUACCAAACAGGCAGGUGGCGGAAAAGUCUGGAGUGACCGCGACGUGUGGAGCGUCUCAGAGUGCGUGACACGCUUUGUUUCGUGCAUCACGCGUAUUCUGGGCAGCGAGCAGUCUCGUGCUCUCCUGGGCAGUUACGAGUUCGACAAGGACGACGCUACUGCAAUGGAGUUUGUUACUGCAGCUGCUAACCUCCGCGCGUCCGUAUUCUCGAUUGAAAUGGAGUCGCUCUACAGUUGCAAAGGCAUCGCCGGUAACAUUAUUCCGGCCAUUGCUACUACAAACGCCAUCGUAGCUGGUUUCCAGGUGCUUGAAGCUUACCAUAUCUUGCAGGGAGAAAAACCAGUGGGAGAAGCGUGCAAAUAUACGCACUGCAACCGGUCGUGGAACGCUAGCGGUGUGUUGAUCCAGCCCAGUGCGCUUGAAAAGCCCAACCCACAAUGCUACGUGUGCUCGAAACGCACGGUAGAGCUGGCUGUAGACACGACGCGCAUGCUGCUGUGCGACUUGGUCGACCAAGUGCUGAAGAAGAAGCUGGGCAUGAACGAGCCCACGAUCUCGAUUGGUGCGAACACGAUCUACGAGGAAGGUGAGGACGCCGAGGCAAGUUUGGCUGUCAACUUGGAGAAGAAGCUUGUGGAUCUACCUGGCAACGGUAUUCACCACGAGACCACCGUGUCCGUCGAGGAUUUCUCCCAAGACUUUCGCUGCAAUAUCCGUGUGCUGCAUUGCGCCCAAGACGAGUUCGGCGAGGACGCAGCAGAUUUGUUUGCGCUCGGUGGCGACAUUGCCAAGUUGGCAGCGGAUUUACAGGCAGAGGAGGCCAAGCAAGAGACGCUCAAGUCGGCAGCUGGUUCCACUCAAGGCAAAGCAGACGGCGAUGAUGACGACGAUGACGAUGACGAGUUUAUCGAGAUGGUGGAUCCAGCCACUGCUAUGGCAUCGAAGCGUGAUAGGGCGUACAAUGACUUGGCACCAGGUGGUCCGACGCCUUGUGGCAAGAAGGCCAAGUCGGACGAUACGCACGAGCUGUAG